UGGAGUGCGUGCGAUUGCAGUCAUACGGAGCAAUUUUCCAGUGCAAGUGAGGAAAAUUCUGUAAUUCGCCUGUUAUUUGACCAUUACACGCCCGUAAAAGAUUGUAAUGAAAUUACGAACAACAGAGGAUUGCAUUCGACACCACGGGUAUCAUAGUCAAAUGGCCAACGUGACGAAAAACUGCCAGGAUUGCAAAGUCCUCAAGCGCGAGACGGAUUUUCCUCAAUGCUAGUGGAAUAAAUUUUGCAGCAAAGUAUUGAGAGAGCAAACGUCCGAGAGAGAGCAUACACAAGGUAGCGAGCGGAAAAAAGAAAAACAGGAGCAGUUUGGAUAGGAAGAGCUGUCGUUGCGUUUGUUGCAUGCAUCCUGAAUAAAAAUUGACAGUCAAUACGCUUCGAGAAACGAGUAUUAUUCCUCCACGGGAAUAACUAACGUGAUUUUCCAACAUCCUGCAGAGGAUUGUGCUAGGAAUUGGGUGGCCAGCAUGAUUGAUGAAAUCAUUGAUCGAGUUAUACAGUUUUUCUCUACUGGUUUAGUAGAGAAAAUCAUCAAAACUCUGCUGGUCCUAUGUGACCGUUUCGUAAACUUCAUCCUGUCACUGUGUGAAGGCAACAAUUACAAGAAGAAGGACGAAACUGUCGACGUAUUGUACAGCAGUGGAAAUUUUCUCGUGAUAAACAAAAAACAUGAUCUGCUGAUCAAUUCCAACGACACUAAGAAGAAGACGGUCCAAACGAUCAUGCGGAAGCAGUUUCCAGAAUAUGUGCAAGACAAUCUAACACACGAUUUUUAUUUUGCUCAUCGGCUUGAUUUCGCUACGAGCGGUAUAUUGUGCAUACCGCUGAACAAAAAUGCUUGCAAGGAAGUUUGUCAGGUAUUUGAGGAACAAAGGGCAAGAAAGUAUUACUUAGCACUACUGAGGGGCCACACGGAUUUCGACGAGGAAGUUAUCGAUAUUGCAAUAGGUGAAGACAUCCGAUUCAAGGAUACAAGCAAGAAAAUGUGCACCAUUCUCGAGGACGAGUUGUGCCAAAAUCCCCGCCGGAGCAUAACCAAGGUGCUAGUAUUGGACCGGGGCUACUAUAAUGGAAAACCGGUCACCAAAGUGCUCUUGCGACCAAUCACAGGUAGACGCCACCAGCUGCGACUGCACUGCUCUCAGAUUGGACACGUCAUCGUUGGUGACUACACGUACAGUCUCAAGAUUGACACCUCCCCGCCUCGAAUGUUCCUGCACGCAUAUCGACUAGUGCUGCCUAACUCGUUCGAGAACAUUGAUAUACAAACGGAGGACCCGUUCACAGAGAAGGCUCUCAAGUACAAAUGGAAGGUUGUUGAACAGGUGAACGGCAUUGGGAAUGCGUUUGAUCUAAUAGAUUCUUUUUAACAUUUGUGGGAACCAUGUAGUUACCCGCGUAGGACUCGCACGUUUACGUUUCGGCUGGAGCAGUUUCGUCGGCGGUUAAAUGUAGAUAUCCGGUCAUUUUCGCGAAUUUAUUCGCUUUAGGUUUCUCGAUAUUAUCCGUUCUCUCUGGUUGAUUUGACUGUUACUGUAUAAUUGAAUAUUCGACACAAAAAAGGACAUUUGGAAAUCUGGCCGAGGAACAAUUCAAACCAAAUUUAGUUCAGCAACGAUAAACAGUGUUGGAACAUACGGAUUUCCGUAUUUUUUUCGGGAAUUGAGAGACGUAGUUUCUUUCUUUAGCGCCUAGUGUUAGCGGUCUAGUGUAGCGUAACACGGACAACAAAUGAAGAUAAAACACGUUCAGCCAUUCACAUUAAUGCGAUUCUUAUAACUAUAGUUACACAUCUGGUCUAAUUAUUAUUAUUAGUUCAAGUUUAGAAGUAUUUAUUAAAUAACGAGAAAACAAAGAGUUGAGAUACUAUACGCGAAUUUGUAGUUGAUAUCGAAUUCAAAUGAUACAUAUUUAACACAAGAAUAGAUAGUGAUGAUUAUUAAACUAAUUAUCAAUGGUGACGUUGGUUCCAGCGUAUAAUUGUUCCCGCGAAAUAUGUUUCCAAUUCGAACCCUAAUUCCAGAUUUUUCUGAUCAUUGCGAAGGAUUCCAAUUAUCUUGAACAUCCGUGUCUUUGUAGCUCAUUUUUAUUUGUUUACUCAAUUAAUAUUGAUCGAGGCUUAUUAAAUAUUUCUUUCUAUAACAGUUUUAUCUUAAAUUGUUUCGUUAACUUUUAUUUAUUCUAUGUUUUUUUUUCAAAUUGUUCAACCUAAAAAAAUCAACGUCACCGAGAACAGCAGAAUUUCUGAUAAUGUUAUAAAAUCUUUCACCAUUACUACGUCAGCCAUGCGGAUGAAACGAUUAUAGAGAAUAAGAGAACCCAAUUUCUGCGCGCGAAAAAUAUUCGAAAUUUGUAUAUCUCUUUUUGAAAAGUGCGAAAAACAAAUAACAAAUGAACAAAUUCCCGUUAGUCUAGUCUUCACAACUAAUCAACGCAAACGGACAAAAUAACGUUAAAACGCAAAAAUAUAUCGCCCAGCACUACUUUUGAUAAGAAAAUUGAAAAUGGACAAGGGAAUAGUCAUGGUCCCAUUGAAAAAAAAAGCAGUCUAAUCAGUUAUACUUUCUCACUUGUAAAACUACGCAGCUUUAGGAAGGGCAAGAGUUUAUUUGUAGACAAAAUUGAACAAAUUUUCAUCAAAGGUUAAUUCAUGAAUUUUGUAGGAUCAAAUUUACGAAUUGAAACCAAUAGAAGACCACGGUAAUUGUUACGAUUCAUCGUUCCUGUUAAUGAAGUUAAUUUUAUUGUAAAGUAGUUUAUGUUAGUUCGAACGAUUAUUAGUUCUCGGUUCUGCCGCAGAUCACAAUUGCAGAGAAUGACGGACCCGCCUAUUAAACCUUUUAAUUCCGAGGUCCUCUCAUUUUGUAGGUAUCUGUGACAAAUGAGAGGAUUGUUGAGAAGGGUUUAGUGUUGAAUAUAAAGACACUUUAAUAAUAGAAUGUGUGUUACUGUUGUAUUCUUUUGAAUAGACAAUGUCUACAUUCUAUGCCACACUGCCAUUUCAUCUUCCUUUUUGAAACACUUAGCAAACAUAGGAGAUUUGUUUCUUCGGAAUGAAGCGGCAGUUCGAGCUACUCGGUAGGUUCUGUUUCUGCAUUCCAAAGAUUGUUAUCGUGAUUAUAUUAUACAUUUGAACCAAAUUCAAAAUAGUUACAAAUUUAGACAGCUUAAUUACACAUGCCCAGAGACUCAUAACAUUACGUUGAAUGGAACCAAUUUCUCUGCCUGGAAAAUAACAGGAACAAUAGUGUAGUCGUCAACCAACAACCAAUUGUACGUAAAAUGUAAAACAACUUUAUUUGAGUAUUAACUGAAAACACUAAAGAAUAAAAUAUUGCUUUUUUCAAAGUCAUUAAA